AUUAUUGAUUCCUAAGAACGAUUUAUUUCCGGCAGCCGAAACUACUAAACCACUCAGCAGUCCGCAGUGUCAAUCCGUCCUGCAGCCACGAAUUUCGCAUUGAGGGCUGCUAACAGUCCCGUUCAUAUUUUAAAAUCUUUAAGUGUCAAACCCACACAUUUCGAUAGUUAUCCUUUUCUCCUUCCACUUUAAUAAUUUUGCCAUUUACAGCUUUGAACAGUAAAAAUUAAACGAGUGAUAGACGAAGUGAUACUGAAAAGAGUAGUGGUUGGGGGUGGGGUGCGUGUGUUGGGAGGGGGAGGGCAGAGAAGAAGAAUGAAAGCCAAGAAAAAAAAAUGGAAAGCAUAUAAAAAUCCCUAGAGACGAUGAUAGUGGAUAUGGAACGAUACAAUUAUUAUAGAUAAAAAAAGGAACCUAAAAGAUUUUCAAUUGGGCAAGUUAAUGGGGCGUAAGAAAGUAGAAAUAAAGCGAAUCGAAGACAAGAGCAGCAGGCAAGUGACUUUCUCUAAACGGAGGAAAGGACUCCUAAAGAAAGCCAAGGAACUCUCCAUUCUUUGCGAUGCCGAUGUCGCCGUUGUUGUAUUCUCCAAUCGGGGCAGACUCUACGACUUCUCCAGUACUAACAGUCUCACAGAGAUCGUUCAACAGUACCACAGCCAUGUGGAAGCAGAAAAAGAGAGCUCUACAGAAGUUUUGGACACAGAGCACUCUAAAUAUUCAAGCUUCAUGACAGUGGGAGAACUGUUACAAACGGUAGAAAGGCAACUCGAGGAACCUGCUGUUGAUGAUCUCAGUGUGACUGACCUUGUCCAUUUGGAAGACCAACUGCAAACUGCUCUAAUGCAAGCCAGAUCUAGCAAGACGCAUUUGAUGAUUGAAUCUAUCAAAAGUCUUCGCGAGAAGGAAAAACUGCUGAGUGAAGAAAACAAACAUCUGGAGAACCAGAUAGCUACGACUAAGAACGAGAGAGAAGUGACCAAUGGGACGAUGGCUUUAGAUUUCACUAACCUUGCACCAGCCAGCAUGAACUGUCGACAGCAAAAAGCGACCCUGAAUUUCCUCUAGUUAUUCAGGAAAGGUUUCCUGUAACUGGAACUACUACUUGCCAAGGUUAUCUGGUGCAUCUUUACUUUUUAAAUUCCCAUUGUCCUGCUGUACCUGAAACAGUACUACAAAUAAGGAGUUUCCAGAAUUAAUAAAAGAUAUUUGAAUGUUCCUCUAUAAGACCAACUGA